AUGCAUCAAAUCUUCCCAAACACUAAAUCCCCAUUCAUCGCCAACGGGCCCAUGCAUGGCUAUGCAUAUAGCCGUCUAGCAAGCGCCGUUUCAUCUGCCGGGGGCUACGGCUUCAUAGCCGGCGGCACCGAUUUUAGAACGGGGUCUCCACAGCUCGAACAACUGCAAGCGGAACUCAACACAGCUCGAUCACUUCUUGGGAUCGCAAGCCCCGAUGAAAAGCUCCCCAUAGGUGUAGGCUGUCUCCUGCUCCAGCCAGAAGGCCUAAUUGACAAUGUACUUCCGAUUCUAUGCGCCGCUCGGGUAACUGGGAUCUGGCUUUCGUUUCCGAAGAAUGGAGCCGAUCAUGCGCCGAUCAUCACGGCUGUUCAUCAGCUCCGAGAGAAGGAGAACUGGGAUGUGAAAGUGUUCGUGCAGGUUGGGACGGUACAGGCUGCGAGGGAGGCGAUCGACUAUGGGGCGGAUGUACUGGUUGUUCAGGGGUCGGAUGCGGGUGGGCACCAGUGGGCGCAGGGGGCGAGUCUGAUUGCGCUCAUUCCGGAGGUGAAGGGGCUACUUCGCGAGUUGGGUAAGACGGGGGAAGUCCGGUUGUUGGCUGCGGGGGGUAUUGUUGAUGCGAGGGGGAUGGUUGCGGCUAUGGCGUUAGGUGCGGAUGGAAUCUUUAUUGCUACCGUUGAAUGCGCAGGUCCGGAUGUCGCAAAAGAAAAGAUCGUUUCCACGACUGAUGGGAUCUCAACGACAAUUAAAUCACGCAAGCACGAUGUGUUCAAUUCGACCGACUUUUGGCCUAGGCAAUAUGAUGGCAGAGCCAUCAUCGGUCCCAGCUACGAGGACUUUCAGAGCGGUGUUACAGAUGAAGAAAUCCUCAAACGACACAGCGACGCCAGAGAAAAGGGAGAAGAUGAUAGAACCAUUAUAUGGGCAGGUACUGGGAUUGGGUCCAUCAAGGAGGUGGUGACGGUUAAGCAGCUUCUGGACGAUGCUCGAUCGGAAGUCCGAUCAAUCGUGGCGCAGGUGAACAAUGCUUUUAGUGAGACAAAUUAA